AUGGUGGGGAGAUCCCGGCGGCGCGGAGCGGCCAAGUGGUCAGCUGUGCGAGCCAAGGCAGGUCCCGGCCCAGCGGACGAAAAUGAAGACGAUUUAGAAAUGCCACCCUCGCCAGGGGACUCCAGCUACUACCAAGAUAAGGUAGAUGAUUUCCAUGAGGCCCGAUCCCGGGCUGCCUUGGCUAAAGGCUGGAGCGAAGUGGAGAGUGAGGACGAGGAGGAUGGCGAUGAGGAGGAAGAGGUUCUAGCCCUAGAUACUGCAGAUGAGGACGAUGAAGAGGAUGACGAUGACGAUGGUGGGAGCUCCGUGCAGAGUGAGGCCGAGGUAUCUGUGGAUCCCAGUUUGUCGUGGGGUCAGAGGAAAAAACUUUACUAUGACACAGACUACGGUUCCAAGUCCCGAAGCCGACAAAGUCAACAAGAAGUAGAGGAGGAGGAAAGAGAGGAGGAAGAGGAAGCGCAGCUCAUUCAGCGGCGCCUCGCCCAAGCCCUGGAAGAGGAUGAUUUUGGGGUGACCUGGGUAGAGGCAUUUGCAAAACCAGUACCUCAAGUAGAUGAGGCUGAGACCCGGGUCGUGAAGGAUCUGGCGAAAGUUUCAGUGAAAGAGAAGCUGAAGAUGCUGCGGAAAGAAUCACCAGAACUCUUGGAACUGAUAGAAGACCUGAAAGUUAAGCUGACUGAGGUGAAGGAUGAGCUGGAGCCACUGCUACAGCUGGUGGAGCAAGGGAUCGUUCCACCCGGAAAAGGAAGCCAAUACCUGAGGACCAAGUACAACCUCUAUUUGAACUACUGCUCCAACAUCAGCUUUUAUUUGAUCCUGAAAGCCAGGAGAGUCCCUGCACAUGGACAUCCUGUCAUAGAAAGGCUUGUUACCUACCGAAAUUUGAUCAACAAGCUGUCAGUUGUAGAUCAGAAGCUGUCUUCUGAAAUUCGUCAUUUACUCACACUUAAAGAUGAUGCUGGAAAGAAAGAACUGAAUUCAGAAGCAAAAUUCACCAAGGCCAAGCCAAAAUCUGUUUCAGAGACUACUGCUGCUGCCUCUACUGUUGCAGGUAUUUCUGAUGAUUCUGAUCUUGAUGAAGCUGCACUGAAAUACUAUAAAGAAAUAGAAGACAAGCAAAAGUUGAAGAGAAAGAAAGAAGAAAAUAGUAUUGAAGAACAGGCUCUUGAAGAUCAAAAUGCAAAGAGAGCCAUUACUUAUCAGAUUGCUAAAAAUAGAGGACUUACACCUAGAAGAAAGAAGAUUGAUCGCAAUCCUAGAGUGAAACACCGGGAGAAGUUCAGGAAAGCUAAAAUUCGCAGAAGAGGCCAAGUUCGUGAAGUUCGUAGAGAAGAGCAGCGUUACACUGGUGAACUGUCUGGCAUUCGUGCAGGAGUUAAAAAGAGCAUUAAGCUUAAAUAAAGUUUUCACUUAAGAUAUUUUGCAAUAAUUUUAGAUCAAUAAAUUUUUAUUUUUAACUUUUG